UUUCAGUUGUUGACGUGGAGGAGUAUCAAGGAUUAUAAUGAGAAUGAAUUACUCGAAUCAUUUGUUCAACAUUAUGCUUGGCCUUAUCUAUUUGGCUGCCGUUGAUUCCCUGGCGGAUACUGAGCAACAGUCGUGUGUCACUUCAAGCGAUCUGGAAGAUCAGUGCGGUUUCGUUUGCUAUCCCAUUGUUAAGCCCCUGCUUCAGUACUUGGAAAGGUGUCAGGAAAACGAUUUGAAAAUUUACAAACUUGAGGAAAAGGUACGAAAGCAAAGCGAUGAGACCAUAGAGUGUAAAAGUGAAGCAAAGAGGCUUAGUCAGCAGUUUGAAAACAACUUUUGUGACCUGAAUAGUGUACUUGAUGGUGUCCAAAAUGUGCAAUCUAAACUUAAUUCCGAGCUAAAAUAUUUCCACGAAGAUGUGCACGAAGAAAUCGAGAAAUUGAAGAAACAACUGGCGAGCAAGGAUGAACUAUUAAAACAACAGGAAAUAAACAUUAACGAAAAGUAUAGGAAACUAAAAUAGCAGGAGGAAAAUAUUGCGCAGAUUCUGGAGCAUAGAGGGUCAAAACCCCCUGCCAGGCAUUAGUUUUAACUAUUUUUAAAACUAUAAACAUAAACAAAACUAGUAUAAAUACACCGGAAAAAAAUAAAAGAUCUAAGAUCUAAAUCUAUUAAAAUAUAGUGA